UCUCCAGUUAUUUUUUUUUGCUUUUCAUCUCUACUUGUCCACUAUGUGGAGUGGUCGCUUCCGAUCUAGUCCUUGUCAGCUUUACUUUUUCUUUCUAAAUAUUUGGUUUCAAUUCAAAAAUUACUAAACUGGACACAGGAGACAGGAGACGGGAGACAAGAGAAAGCAAUGACCGCACACACACAUUUCGAUUCUGCUGACGAGAGCAAAAAGGCAUCCUUGGUAAAGAGAAGAAGGAGAAGAAGGAGAAGAAGAGAAGCGCAGAGUACCUAUCGACAGAGGAGCCGUCGUCCAAAAAGCACAAGUCUGGCUCCAAGGACAAGAGUAAGGACAAGAAGCAAAAACAGCAAAAAGACAAAAUCCACCGAAUCAGGUGAAUCAAGCGAGCCAAAGACGGAGGCGGCUCCGGUGGUCUCCGGGUGGAACAACUGGGCAGACGCGGAUCUCGGCAGCGAAGCGCGCAAAAACAAGUUCUUGCGGCUCAUGGGGGUCAGAAAUGUCGGCAACGCUCUGCCGCCAACAGCAGCCGCAAGCUUGUCGUCGCCCUUUGAAUCGGCCAUUACAAAGCAGGGCGCGAGCAGGAUCAACCAGGACUUGCAGAAGAACUUUGACAUAGCAAUGAGCAAGCAUGUCCAGGCGCCGUACGGCGGCGGAGCUGGAAAGCGUGGUGGGUUAGGCUUUUGAAAUGAUUAUACGAAAAUAUAUAAUAAAAACAGUUUAAUUCAAGGGAAUGCCGGUGAUGCGUUGCGGCUGCG